AUGGUGGGGGAAAACUAUGUUCAAGUGUUCAUUCCCAGCUAUUCGACCGACUUUCCAUGUAUCAGGGCAAAAGGUGAUGGAGUCACAUUGUUGGGCAAGACCAGCUGCCCACUGAAAGUCACCAAGGACAUCUGGUUCAGAUGCUGUUCCUGCACGUAUGUCACCAGAGAUCAGCAUGGAAUUGUGAGCCACCUGGCUGCUCAUGGUGAUGCACAAUCCAAGUGCCAGCAUCCUUCCAAGUCUGGCUCUAAGGUCCAAGUGCUCAGCAACACUGAAAAGCACAACAGUAAAAAGCCUUUUAAGUGCAAGCAGUGCCCCCAAGCCUUUGCUCACAAUUCCCUUUUAAAAAACCAUAAUCGAAUACACUCCGGUAAAAAGCCAUUUAAGUGCAAGCAGUGCCCCCAAGCCUUUGCUCACAAUUCCCUUCUAAAAAACCAUAAUCGAUUACACUCCGGUAAAAAGCCAUUUAAGUGCAAGCAGUGCCCCCAAGCCUUUGCUCAAAAUUCCGAUCUACGAAACCAUGAUCAAACACACACUGUUGAAAAGCCAUUUAAGUGCAAGGAGUGCCCCCGAGCCUUCGCUCGAAAUUCCGAUCUACGAAGACAUAAUAAUGUGCACACUGGAGAAAAGCCAUUUAAGUGCAAGCAGUGCCCCCGAGCCUUUGCUCGAAAUUCUCAUCUGCAAGGUCACAAUCGAAUGCACUCCAAUGAAAAGCCAUUUAAAUGCAAGCAGUGUCCACAAACCUUUGCUCGAAAUUCCCUUUUAAGAAAGCAUAAUCGAAUGCACACUGAUGAAAAGCCAUUUAAGUGUAAGCUUUGUCCUCAAGAGUUUGCUUAUAAUUCCCUUCUGACCUGUCAUAAUCGAACACACACUGGUGAAAAGCCAUUUAAGUGCAAGCAGUGUCCCCAAGCCUUUGCUCGAAAUUCCCGUCUGCAAAGCCAUAACCGAAAGCACACUGGUGAAAAGCCAUAUAAGUGCAAUCAGUGCCCUCAAGCUUUCGCUCAAAAUUCCACUCUACAAAGCCAUAAUCGAACGCACACUGGUGAAAAGCCAUUUAAGUGCAAGCGGUGCUCCCAAGCCUUUGCUCAAUAUUCCACUCUACAAAUCCAUAAUCGAACACACACUGGUGAAAAGCCAUUUCAAUGCAAGCUGUGCCCCAAAGCCUUUGCUCGAAAUUCCCAUCUACAAAACCAUAAUCGAAUGCACGCUGGUGAAAAGCCAUUCAUGUGCAAGCAGUGCCCCAAAGCCUAUGCUCAAAACUCCCAUCUACGAAGCCAUAAUCGAGUACACACUGAUGAAAAGCCAUUUAAGUGCAAGGAGUGCCUUCGAGCCUUUGCUCGAAAUUCUGAUCUACGAAGCCAUAAUCGAACGCACACCGGUGAAAAGCCAUUUAAGUGCAAGGAGUGCCCCCUAGCCUUUACUCGAAAUUCUGGUCUACAAAGCCAUAAUCGAUUGCACACUGGUGAAAGGCCAUUUAAGUGCAAGGAGUGCCCACAAGCUUUUGCCCGAAAUUCCUAUUUGAGAAGCCAUAAUCGAGUGCACACAGGCGAAAAGCCAUUUAAAUGCAAGCAGUGUCUCCAAGCCUUUUCUCAUAAUACCACUCUUGUCCGCCAUUAUCGAACACACAGUGUUUAAAAUGCCUACAAGAGCAAACAAUGCCCCAAAAGCUUUGCUGAGAAUAGAAGUUUAUUUGCCAGAACCAGAUGGCACACGUGCAGAAUGCUUUGCAGUUGGCCUGCAAGUUGAGCCUGCUCCAUGUGUAAUCGUUAAAGUCAUGCAGAACUUGAUGCCAUUUCAGUCGAAGGGUACAGA